AAUCGAACCACGUGUGUUAUUCAUCAUAAAGGUAGACAGACAGGUGGCGCAGUGAGCUGUCACAGGGCAAACAAGACUUCAUUCAGACAAACUCGGGUUGACUUAGAUGUAGCUGUGAAGCCCUCACGGUGGCACCAUGGCUCUCAAAAUCGACCUACCACCCGGGAACUUCGCGGCAAAACUCAACAAGGCCCUGCAGAUGGAUUCCAAAGGAGUUUUCCCGCCUCCGAGCGACAAAUAUUCGGACGAGGCAUCCUCCGUGGCAGACAGUUCUACGAUACGACGUGAAAUUCGCGGAUGGUCGGCGGCAACUGGUAGCACGACUCGCAGUUCGCGCGCGGACGUCCGGCCGAUUUCACCAACAAGACGAAACAACCCUCACCCCUCACAGAUGUUUAUGAGUUGGAAAGUGCCAACAAGACUGGUCACAGCCGACUAUAACGCAGUCAAUGGAAAAAAACAACCAGUAGAGAACGAUGUCCUGAGCGAGGUGGCGAAGGUUCAGAAGAAGUCUCCUGUCCAGUUUGUUCAGAAGAAGCAGCACGAGCGUACCGACACCACCCACUUCAGUCCUCCCAUCAACCACAAGCUAAAUCUCCAGUCCGAGGCCUAUGAGAGACAGGCGGAGUCGGCUCACUACCUCAGCAAAACCUACCCUCCUCCCAAGAAGGACAAGGCAUGGGAAAGUACCUUGCCUAAGAUUGAGAAUGGAACGAAGCCACAGUUGAUCAUUAAGAAGAAAGAGAAGAAAUACAAGGCUCCAAUUCAGUCCAUCAGUGAGACCCUGAACCCCAGGACGCGGUCUGCGGCUAAGCGCUGGCUGGAGAAGGCGACGGAGGAGGACAAGCUUGUCGUGGAGCGGGUCCUGAUGGAGGCGGAGAAGGCCAGGAACAGUAAAGUCCUGGACAGGACGCUGCAGCCGGGCGCCAAGAGCGCAGUGGAGAAAUGGAUGAAGGGGGCUUCAGAGGGAGAGAAGUUAGUGGCAAUGGAGUUCUUCAAGUCCCUGGCAGGGCAGAAGCUAAUGGGAGGUCCGGCGGGGAUGGCGACCGAUCCGUCCGACAGACACGCCAAACGCAGCCGGCUGGAGGCGGUACUCAAGACUCUGGAGUCAUCAAAGGGUAAAACAGGAGUUGCAAUAAAGCUGGGUACCAGUAAGUCCGCGCCGGCGGGGCACACGAGGCUGGGUCCGUACGUGGUGGGGCGUCUCCUGUCUCCGCAGACACGACACCACAAGAUGGAGUAUCAGACCUGGCACCACAUGCCCGUCUACCCGCCCAACAGUCGCGUCGAGAACAAGGGAGCCAUGUACAUCGCACCACACGGAUUCGUGCCCAGGCACUUCACAAUCCACCCGGAGUGGUCGUAGGCUCCGCAAAGAAUAACUGUAUCAUACUUGUCGUGCUUUUGCUUGCUUCUGCAGGAAUGUGGACUAGCAUUUGGGAGUCAAUAUUGGGGUGAGGACCUCCUCAGUAAGCCUCUGCAGG